UGCUCUUCCAACCAUAUUUUAUUCCAAACUCUCCAAAACAAUGCAUUCAAUUUCAACUUCUUCUACUUCAUCUCAACCCUUGCAAGGUUUUCUUGGAAACUUUCAUUCCAGAAAAUUACUGUUAAAUUACACACAAUCAAACCAAUCAUCAGCUCCUCCUCCUUACACUCAAAAUUCCAGUUUUGAUCAAAAUGUUUUGAUGGUACUUUCAGUCAUCCUUCUUGGGUUCAUUUUUUCAUUGGGGCUAAACUUAAUAAUCAGAUGUGUGCUAAGGUGCUCAAACGGGGCGGAUUCGGAGUCCAUUGACAACUCUUCUACUGCAAUAGUCAAUAUCGGAAUCGAGACAAAGGCACUCAAGACUUUCCCUGUGGUGAAUUACUCGGCGGAGAUGAAUCUGCCAGGGCUGGACUCCGAAUGUCUGAUAUGCCUGUCGGAGUAUACGGCUGGCGAGCGCCUGCGGUUUCUACCGAAAUGCAACCAUGGAUUUCAUGUUCGUUGUAUUGAUAAAUGGCUUAAAUCACACACAUCAUGCCCCAAAUGCAGGCAUUGUUUGCUUGAAACAUGCCAAAAAAUCAUGGGGUGUAAUCAGAGUAGCUCAUUAGAAUCAUGCGUUCCUGCACAGGACUGCGUUGUGAAUAUUCAACCACUAGAACCUGAAGGUGUGGUGCGUGAUAUUAGGGGGGGUUAGCUGAUAUGAUUCUUUGUCUUUUGCCCAUUAGCUGGAAACUGGAAAUCCCUCUGCCACUCCAUCUGAAGGCGUUAUAUUCCAUGAGCGAAGCUCAACAUUGGAAUCAAGUCUUACUUUGCAAUUAUUAGUUCAAUCGAGCCAAUUCAAUGUGGGUUUAUUCAAUUUUUAAAUGCAAUGAAAGGAUUUACCUCAUUUUCCCUUCA